AUGCCACAGGUUAUGCCAAGACGACUCUACAUCCGAUCCACCAUUCAAAGGAUUGAAGACGCUCAACAUCUACCACUGGGACACCGAGAACUGCACUACUCAAGUCGACGUGGCGCCUAUUUUGCGACUACCACGCUGCGUACGCUCACGGGCUAUUCGCUGCGAUGCACCGAGGAAGACAAUCUUGCUAGUACGGAGCUGUUCAUGUUCACAAAAAUUGACCUUGAGAAUGCAUUGCUCGACAGUGCUAGACUGGGCUACAUACUUGCAUCGUGUCCACGGCUAAGAACACUUUUGGUCGAAGUGGGGGAUGCUUGUGUGGGCACAGGGGAGGUCGACUUUGCAUCCCUGGGCGAUGCUUUGCGCCAGCACGGAAAGACGCUGAAACACUUGCACCUCGAAGUGAUACCCAAUGAGAUAUGUGCCUCGCCCUUUGGCGAUUUGAACAUACUCAGCAUGCUCCAAAGUCUUGUUGUCCCGUUCGUUGCACUCUUCGGUCAAGAGGACGAAUCGAAAGCCGGGGAGCUAGACUGGCUGGUGGACACAUUGCCGAAUUCGCUGCAACUUUUCGGCGGCACAGAUAUUGAGAAUGAAAGUGAGUGCGCUGAGCUCGAAUCAGUACUAGGAAAGUUCGUGAUCUUCGACGAACACAAGGCUUUGUCCACAUUGUGGGCAAGGCGAAUUGGUCAGGCGUACUCGGGCCUCACGAGCAGUGCCUGGGAAGACAUUGGAGUCCAGCGCUCGCGGUACGGAAAGGUCUGGUCGGUAUUGAAGAGGAGAUAG